AUGAGUGCAUUGGCUGUUAAAUUAGGAACUCUGCUGAUCCGACAAGUGACUCGCCCGGUUGCGAAUAUUUUGAAAGCUCAAGCCAAACAGCACGAUAAGUUCAAAGAAAUAUGCGUCGGAUUGGCGCAGAAAAUGCAUCGUGUGGACGCUAAAAUGAGGUCGAGGCUAACCUCCACCUUCGACAAGGAAAUCAAAGUGCGCCCUCUGAAUGAUGCUCGGGCCGUGGAAAGCGGAGCUACGCUGCUGAGUGAAGCUUUUGUAUUUGGAGUGACAGGUAGCGUUGUGGUGUGGGAAACAGUUAGACAGAGAGCCAAGGAACUGAACAGAAGAGAUCAGGUGGCGAAGGAUAUCAGCUUUCUGCAGGACGAAAUCGAGGAAUUGCGAGCGAAGCUCGAUGGCAGCAAACAAAUUGAGCAAAUUCCCCAGAAAUAA